AACGUUUUUAAUAGCAAUUAACGGUACCUAAGAACAGUUCAAACUAUUGCGGCUUUUUGGUGAACUUUUCGUCGUUAAAAAGUAUAUUUUAAGAAAGAAUUUGCGGUCACGCUGAGGCGCACUCACACAUACACACAAACGCAAAUGCACCGUGAAUAGGCAGCAAAGAGGAAAAUCGGUUCUCUUUUCAAUUCAACACUUGUUCAAUUUCAUUGCGUUUGCGAUUCUUUUUUACAUCAAUUAAACAAAAAUACAACGCAUCCAAACUGAAUUAGUUAACAACUGUGAUCGCCAACAUCUAAAGUAACAACAACACACAAGUAUAAUGCGCAAAGAAUUGCUAAAUUUGUAAUUUUUUCAAACCACAAAAAUUGCAACAAAGCAGACGGCAAAAAGGAGAAGAAGAAGCAGACUAAAGCGGCCGCUCCAACUAACCAACAAGCUUCGCGUCAUUUCAAAAAAAGCUGCUUUAAAAUUUGCCCAAAAAUCAACGCAUAAAUAAAAGAAAACCUGCCCGGCAGCCAACGAGCCAUCUAAAUUCGUCAGACUCCAAAAAAGAAAAUCAACCUGAAAUAUAAAACACAUAAGCAAUAUUAUUGUGCAUUACAAAGAGCCAAACAGGCUUUUGCUAAAGGAACAUUUAAGAAAUUCAACUCAGGCAGAGAGUUAAUUUCUGAAUCUCACGCUCACGCUCAUUUUAAGGGAACUCUGACUCAGGCAACCACAAACUACAAACGCUCUUGUCAACAACAAUCCAGCAAUGGUCAUGGAUGCGACUCAAUCGCAACAGCCUUCGCCGCAGUCGGUGGGACGCGAAUUUGUGCGUCAGUAUUACACGCUGUUGAACAAGGCGCCCAAUCACUUGCAUCGCUUCUACAACAACAACUCAUCGUUCAUCCACGGCGAAUCGACGCUGGUUGUGGGACAGCGCGAGAUCCACAAUCGCAUCCAGCAGCUGAACUUUAACGAUUGCCAUGCCAAGAUCAGUCAGGUCGAUGCUCAGGCCACCCUUGGCAAUGGUGUUGUUGUCCAGGUCACCGGCGAGCUGUCCAACGAUGGCCAACCGAUGCGUCGCUUCACCCAAACGUUUGUGCUGGCCGCUCAGUCGCCCAAGAAGUACUAUGUCCACAACGACAUCUUUCGCUAUCAGGAUCUGUACAUCGAGGACGAGCAGGAUGGCGAGUCGCGGUCGGAGAACGACGAGGAGCACGAUGUCCAAGUGCAGGUGGUCGAUCAAGCCGUCCAGGUUGUAGGCGAUGGCGUCGCUCAGCAGCCACCACAGCAGCAACAACAGCAGCAGAUGCCCACCCAGGUGGUGUUGCCACAGCCCGUGGUGUCAGUGGCUGCCACAGCGGCUGGCGCAGGCGCUGCCUCGGCCGCUGCUCCUCAGCAGCAGCAGCAGCAGAUCUAUUAUCCAGUCCAGGCUGGUGCCGCAGCUGGACGUCCAGUUGCCGUGCUGCCCGCUGCUCCACAGGCUGCCGCUGUGCCACUGCCGGCCCAGUUCUCCAAUCCACCACCACCAAUUCAGAAUGGCGUUGUCUCCCACGAUGAGUUGCCCCAACAACAGCAGCAGCAGGCGCCACCACAAGCUCUGGUCCAGGCGAACGUGUCGCCAUUGGUGCAACAGCAGCCCAGUGGCCCCGUCAUGUCCAAUGUGGGCAUUGUGCAGCCCGUGCCGGUGCAAGCAGCUGCCGCCUUCCAGCACUCGCCUCUGGUGGCAGCACCGCCGCCACAGUUGCUGCCCCAGCAGCAGCAUCAACAACAGCAGCAGCAGGCAACUCAGGCUCUGCAGCAGCCGUUGGAGCAAGAGGAGCAAAUCAAUGAGGCGCCCAGCAGCCACUUGCAGCAGCAGCAGCAACAACAGCAGCAGCAGAAGGCACCGACACCUGUGGACGAUUUCAAGACCAUUCACGAGCAGCAGCAGCAGGAGAAGUACGAGGCGGCGAAGCAGCAGCAGAAUGAGCCCAAAACUUAUGCCAAUCUGUUCAAGUCGACGUCGUCGUCGCCCAGCGGCUUUGUGAAUGCAGCGCUGCAGCAGCAACAGCAGUUGCAACAACAGCAGCAGCAACAACAACAGAAUCACAGCAAUGUCUAUUCCUCGUCUGCGGCUGGCGGUGGCGGUGGACAGGCCAGCUACUCGACCACGGCGUCCUCCUCCUACAACAACAACAACAAUAGCAACAACACCAACAACAACAGCAGCAGCCAGAACAACAACGGCAACAACUCGCGUCUGGACAACGGCGGUCCGCUGCCACAGCGCAACAAUUCGAUUCGCAACAAAGAGUUUGAGCAGCGCCGUCCCAGCAACGCUCAGCAGUUUGGCGACAACCAGCAGCUGUUCCUGGGCAAUAUUCCACACCAUGCUUCCGAGGAGGAGCUGCGUCAGCUGUUCUCUCGCUUUGGCUCAGUGAUUGAGCUGCGCAUUCUCUCCAAGGUUGGCAGCAAAGUGUUACCCGGCAUGCGCAGCCCUCUCAACUAUGGCUUCAUCACCUACGACGAUCCCGAGGCAGUGCAAAAGUGCCUGGCCAGUUGCCCCCUGUACUUCCCGGAGAACUCGCCCGAUGGCCAGAAGUUGAAUGUGGAGGAGAAGAAGCCGCGCUUGCGCAACGAUCUGCCACCGCGCCAGCCAAUGGGUGGCAACAACAUGAACAACAUGGGACGCAACAACAUGCGCACCGGCGGCGGCAACAAUGGACCACGCAUGGGCGGCAAUGGAGGAGGCGGUGCCAGCUUUGGCCAGCGCAACGACAACCGCAGCGGCGGUGGCGGCAAUCAGUCCAAUGGACCGCUGCGCGGCAAUGGACAAACCAGCGGCGGCGGUGGCGGAAACUAUGGACGUCGUUAAGCUAAGUAAAGGAAGCGAAAGGAAAGGAACAGGCAGGCCUGACUGACACAAACCGAUAAAGAGAGAGCGCCAGAGCCUCGCCGCCACAGCAGCAACAUAACAAUAACAUCAGUAGCAGCAGCAACUACAAACAACAACAACAACCCAACGUUCAGAGCAUCGAUUUCUUCCAUAAUGCAAUCAAUCAAUUACCAUCUUCAUUACAAAUACAGGCACCACACACACACACAUACGCACUGCAUAUACAUAUAUAUAUUCACCUACACAUACGCACACACUAAGAACAAGCGAGCAGAGAAGCAGCAACCAAAAGUCUAGGAGCAUCAGCAACACACUCACAUUCAACACAAUCCACAAAAUGUCUUCAUGUUUGAUGAACGUUCCUUUAUUUGGAGGCCACACACACACGUCGUGCUGCAAUCUAAAAAGAUAACGAAACUAUUUAUAUAUAUAUAGUAUAUAUACAUAUAUAUGAUAUGCCUUUUGGGUCGUCCUUUAGUUAAGCUCGGUUUUUUUGUUGUGCAGUUUGUUUUAGGUGUUUUCUAUUGUGUUCUUCAUUUUACAGUCAGCUCGUGCCAAAAAGCAAAAUUCUGUGCAAAUUUUCAAUGUAUAUUUAAUUAGAGAAUACUGCAGCACGUCGACCUCUUCUCCCUCAAAGAAAAAACA